AUGGCAGCUGGUGGAAUUAUGGAUAAAUCUUACACUGAAGUUAAAGAGAUAUUAGAUCGCAUUACUAAGCACAACAUGGAAUGGGUGGACGAUUCGUAUGACACAAGAGCUGAUAGGAAGAAGAGAUCUCAGAAUGUUAAUUCUAUCGAUUCCAUCGCAAUAGCCACAUUUUUUGCACAAGUGGCUAUGAUGACCAACCUUCUGCAGAAUAUAUCGCUAGGGAAUGCAUCAAAUCAGCAGAAGGUGAAUCGAGUAGAAGCAUUCGGGCAACCCAUGGUUAGCUGUGUGGGCUAUGGAGAUCCUCACUCCUAUGUUGAUUGCCCACAAAAUCCGCAGUCAAAUGAUGCAUUGCUGAGAAGCCAAACGUCGUCUAUCAGAAACCUGGAAAUACAGGUAGGGCAGAUAGCGAGCAAAUUGAAGAAUAGGCAGCCUGGGGUUUUGCAUAACAACACUGAAACUCUUGGGAACAACAAUGGAAAGAAGCAAUGUCACGCGGUGACCUCGCGAAGUGGAAAAGCUCUUGAAGAAAGAAGAAUGAAUCCAAGAAACAACAGUUCUUCAAAAGAACGCAACACACGUUCAAUGGUAGUAGAAGAUCAAGAAGAAAGAAUGCCUGAGACCACAAGCCAUUCAAAACCAAGUACGUCUAACGCAGGAAAACCUGUGGUACCGCUGAAUGCACCAUUCCCUAAAUGCUUGAUGAAGAAGAAUGAUGAACAACAAUUCAAGUGCUUUCUUGAGCUCCCGAGGCAAUUUCAUAUCAAUAUUCCACUUAUAGAGGCCUUGGAUCAAAUGCUAAAAUAUGUCAAAUUUUUUAAGGAUAUUUUGACGAAGAAAAGGACAGUCAACGAGACGGAGGUAAUUGCACUAAUGCAGGACUGCAAUGCGUUAGUAAGCAACAGUCUACCCAAGAAACAUAAGGACCCUGUGAGCUUCACAGUCCCAUGCUCGAUAGAAGGGUUGGAUGUGGGACACGGGUUAUGCGAUUUGGGAGCAAGUAUUAAUCUUAUGCCACUCUCAAUCUUCAAGAAAUUGGGAAUUGGCGAAGCACAACCCACUUCUGUUACUCUUCAGCUCGCUGAUAGAACGAUCAAGUACCCUGAAGGAAAGAUUGAAGACAUUAUGGUAAAAGUUGAUAACUUCAUAUUCCCAGUAGAUUUUAUCAUUUUAGAUUAUGAAGUAGAUAGGAAAGUACCAAUUAUUCUUGGAUGCCCCUUUCUAGCUACUGGGAAAGUUUUAAUAGACGUGCAUAAAGGGGAAUUGACUAUGCACGUAGACAAUCAAGAGGUGAAGUUUAAUGUGUUAAACGCAUUAAAAUUCUCGGACAAUGAAGAAUGUCAACUAAACAGUAUAGAGUUUCCUGAAGAAGAAGUGACCCAAGUGUGUGAAGUCCUCGCGUUGGAGGAAAACAUGAAAGAACCCGAGCCGCCAAGUCUGAGUGAGCGGCAGAUGAAAUCAACGCGUCCAUCACUAGAAGAACCACCAGAACUUGAGUUGAAACUGUUACCUAGUCACCUGAAAUAUGCCUUCCUUGGAACAAACAAAACUUUACCUAUUUUGAUUGACUCAGAAGAUCAGGAAAAGACAACAUUCACCUGUCCUUUUGGAACGUUCGCGUUUAGACGCAUGCCCUUUGGGCUAUGCAACGCACCUGGAACAUUCCAAAGGUGUAUGAUGGAAAUCUUCUCUGACUUCUUGGAAAAGACCGUUGAAGUCUUCAUGGACGAUUUCUUAGUCUUUGGAGACUCAUUCCAAUCAUGCCUAGAUAACUUGGAGGUCGUCCUCGCUCGAUGCGAGGAAACAAACCUUGUGCUGAAUUGGGAAAAAUGUCACUUCAUGGUGACGGAAGGAAUUGUUUUAGGCCACAAAGUAUCUAAAGUUCGGUUGAAAUUUGAUGAAGCCAAGAUAGAUGUCAUAGCUAAACUUCCACCACCAUCAAAUGUUAAAGCUCUACGAAGUUUUCUAGGACAUGUUGGUUUGUAUCAGGUUCGUUAG